AUGGGCAACUCGAGUAACUCGGGUCAGGCCGUAGGCGAGUCAGCCCGAGCUAAAAUAUCUGCAAACCGAGUUGACUUGGAGAGUGCGCGCGGCGUGUGUUCAGUGGUGGGCUGCGGGGCACGCGGGUCGCGGGCUGCGGGCGGUGCGGUGGGCUGGCGCCCCUCGGCUAGCUCGCGACUCGCGAGGCCCGAACAACUCCGAGCGAACCGUUUGAACCACUUAAAAAAGAAACAUGCAAUUCAAUACAGUGAAACCGUUGGCGCAAAUUUACCCAGAGACGAAUGUGCAAGUAGUGAGUGUGAGGUUUCGAGAAUUGACUUGCCAAUUCCAAGCGUGUCCGGUGUUUGUGUGUCGGAGAAUCGGGAGGAGAAUAAUACCGUUGGCGGUUCAGCUCCUGAGCUUUCUCAGCCAAAGCAGGCGCGACAGAUGCGCUUAACCAAAAAUUUGGUGAUGAAGCCUUACUAG